CAGUUCUCUCUCCCCGCCUUGGGUGGUGGCCGCUGCUUCGUCCCCGCUCGCAGGCACAGGGCGGAGGCGGCCGCGACACGCUGCGGAGCGCUCCGCCGCCGGCUGCCUUCUCGCGCGGCGCUCCCCGCCCCGCCCCGCUCAGCGGCCGCGAUGCAGGCCAUCAAGUGUGUGGUGGUGGGCGACGGUGCUGUAGGUAAGACAUGCCUACUCAUCAGUUACACAACCAAUGCGUUUCCUGGGGAAUACAUACCCACAGUCUUUGACAACUACUCUGCUAAUGUAAUGGUUGAUGGCAAACCGGUCAAUCUGGGCCUGUGGGAUACAGCUGGUCAAGAGGACUAUGACAGACUACGCCCGCUCUCCUACCCCCAAACAGUUGGAGGAACCAAUGGUAAGAAUCUAUCUUCCAGCCUGACAGAUCAACCUAUUGCCGAUGUCUUCUUAAUCUGCUUUUCCCUUGUGAGUCCUGCUUCCUUUGAAAAUGUCCGUGCUAAGUGGUAUCCUGAGGUGCGGCACCACUGCCCCAACACUCCCAUCAUUUUAGUGGGUACCAAACUUGAUCUCAGAGAUGAUAAAGACACUAUUGAAAAACUGAAGGAGAAGAAGCUGACUCCUAUCACCUACCCACAGGGCCUUGCCAUGGCAAAAGAGAUAGGUGCAGUGAAAUACCUAGAAUGCUCAGCACUUACACAGCGAGGCCUCAAGACAGUGUUUGACGAAGCUAUCCGAGCGGUUCUGUGCCCCCCGCCUGUAAAGAAGAGGAAGAGAAAAUGUCUGCUGCUGUAAAGUCACCCUCCCCCACCCCUCCAAACCC